UAGAAGGUCCCGUGGGGUUGCUGCACUAGGGACAAAAAGCAUGGAAUCCCUAUCUUAUGCACCAGGUGCACCCCACUACAAACAGGCUAUAGCUCCCCACAGCGCACUUCACCUAGAGGACUAAUACACUGGUCAAAUCCACUCCACUACAACUAGGCUUUUGUUCCACACAGCACACGUAAAAUAGACGGCCGAGAAGUACACUAGUCAAAUACAGUUCACUCGCCUUUAAACACUUUUACAUGCCUACAAAGCAAAAAGGUAUAGAACAUGAUUCCUUACAAUUAGCCCCCUUAGAGUUCCUCUCCACUGAACCUCCCCACUCCGCCCUACUUCAAACGUAAACACUAUACACAAAAGGACUAGGACAGAAAAUGAAACAAGGCUAUCCACAAUAAUAAACACUAAACACAGAGUAAUAGAACUUAAAAACUAAACUCGCCCGGCUGGCGAGACCCUCCCCCGGAGUCUGCGUUUUUGGCACCGUCCGACUCCCCGGGGCAAGCGUUCUUUGAGGUCGGCAGUGCGGACAGCACGCGGCAGCGGGCCGAGCGCUGAUACACAAAACUGGAGAACCGGAAAGGGCGCAUACACUCCUAAAUGCCCAGCCCGUGCUACCUAAAGGAGGCUACUAACCUCCCCUCCUGGCGCUGGAACAGCUCCCCUGUCUGACUGUCAAUUCCUCCCAUCAAUCUACCCAAGCAGUCCACCACCCACAAUUGCGCUCCCAGUUCCGCCUCUCACAUGUGUGCCCACUUGCCGUCAAUUCACACCACAGUACUACCUUCGUUUGAAAUCAAUACUCUUCACAAACCAGAAUCAUUUCAAAUUACGGGAAACACAGUAGCCAAUCUCGCCUACGCAAGGCAUAGUCAGGAACUGGAAUGCGUCCGAAUUUUUUUCCUUUCAUUAAAAAGUAGGUCUCGGGGCGGAAAGCACCAGAACAAAAAAAACAAGGAGUUCUGUCAACGAGGAUUGCGCUCAAUAACUGGGAGCAACAUGACAGUGCUUCAACAUUCACGUCGUGAAAAUGAAAAUAGACAAGUGCGCGCGAUUCACUGAGCGAUGCUAGUCGCAGCGGAGGAAUAAACCUUCACGCCAAAAAGAAAAGUUUCGCGAACUUCAGCUGGAUAUUAACUGAUGCCAUGUAUUUUAGUCAAUUGCGUGUCAUGAACAAUACAUGUGGAUUAUCGCAUCAACACGGCGGGCUCCUGCUCCAGCCGGUCUGGGACUAUUUUCUUCAUCGCAGAGAGUGGCUCUUGUCACCUUACCUUGCCGCGGGUGUCGCUUUCUUCAGCCACUUACUUAUAUGCGCACCUUUCCUGGCGUUGGACGUCGUGCGCUGCCGCUGGUUGGCACUAAACCGUUACAAGAUCUCCGGCAACAGCGAGUUAGCCAUAUGCGUGCGUCUUUGGUUUAACUCUGUCCUAAGGAUAUUUUGGAACUACCUGAUCUGCAUCCUUCCAGCAACGGUUAUUCUGCAUCGACUUCGAAGUUCGAAGAUGCCUGCCCUGGCUCCAACCUGCUGGCAGGCGCUGUGGCAGAUAGCUUCGAGCUUAUUCCUGUUCGACGCUCUGUUCUACUUCUGGCACGUCGUGAUGCAUAGGGUUCCUUGGCUAUACCGGCGCGUGCACCAAGCGCAUCACCAGAACCCGGACGUGUUUGCGCUGACUGCCCAAGACGCCAGCGCAGUCGAGCUGCUGUGCCUCCAAACGAUCGCCCUGUGCAGCGCCACGCUGGUCGGCUGCCACCCUCUAAGCGAGAUUACCUUCCACCUGCUCAACAUGUGGCUGGCCGCGGAGGACCACUGCGGAUACGACCUACCCUGGGCCCUCCACAAGAUCCUGCCGUUCUUCGGCGGGGCUCCCUUCCAUCAGUUGCACCACCGGAAGUUCCGCGGAAAUUACGCUCCCUACUUCAAGCACUGGGACCGGUUGUUCGGCACCGAGUUGACAGAGGAAACGCCGUGAAAACAGAAUGAAUGUAAUAUUAUUAUUAUUAUUAUUAUUAUUAUUAUUAACAACAAAAACAACAGCGGUUGGACCCAUGAUCUUGCAGACAUAAGCCGCGUUUCCACCGCAGGAACUUUACCCCAGAACUAGGAACCUUUUGAGGAACUCAGUGCGUUUCCACCGCAGGAACUAGGUGGACUAGUUCCUGGGACUAAAAGUUCCGGGUAAUUUUGGUGGAAACGCGGCUAUAGUAAUGUUGUUCACAGCCACAAGGACAAUUACUGAUAUAAAGAAGUAGAGUAUAGUGCAUUUAUCUACAGCUUUUUAUCUCAUGAUCUCAAAUGACUUUACAGAGAGUAAAGAAAUCUGCAGACAAUGUGUCAUCCACUGACAAGGUUGCCCGCUUGGUGUUAGAGCCAGAUUGGGAUUUUUAAAAUCUGGCCACUGGAAUCCUUCGUAGUCUCUGGGACAGGCAGCAUGGGAUCUUCAGUCAACACAGAGUUAUAAGAACUCCCAAUAAGUUUGAUAUCCCAUCAGAAAGCCGCUAAUUCCUGGCGCACAGCAUCAGCUCGCUACGUCUUCCAGCAGAACUUUGGCUUUCCCGGGAGUCCUCCUGUCCAAGUGCCAGGACCCCAUCUCCAAACCCGUUAGCAAGCUACAGCACCACAUACGUGGAUCUAUGUCAUCGAUGUAUAGCUAUGUUAGAGUAUUGGGUGUGGACAUAUUUAACAGACUGGCAGGUGAGGUGGCUCUUGGUUGGUGACAGAUAAACUGAAAUUACUGCCUUUGUGUGAAUGAGAGACAACCUGGUUUUCGUUCUUAAAUCUUACAAUUGUGAGGAUGUGGCAAUGAAGGCAAAGCAAGAUUUUUUGGAAUAUUGCAGACCUCAGUGCAGUAAGUGUGUUCAGUUUGGUUUGCAACAGGUUCUGAAUAAUUUAAGUAGGUUGGGUUACAUGUUAUGACUAGAUUACUGGCUUGAAGCCAGCAGGUAGCUGUGAUUACAUUUGUAAGGGGAAGCUGCUUGGCAUACCACGGCGACAGAAAAAAACCACGAGCGGUGUACUUGCAUUGAUGUGACGUGCCAACAGUAGGCCUAAAUGUUCUUUUGGGGUUUUAAUUAAGCGAUAUGCAUGUUAAUGACAUUUAUUUUGGUUUUCGUGAAUGGGAUGUGUUCAUUUAAGUUUUUAAAAUUCAUUUAAACAUAAAAAAUGUUUUUAAAGGAUUUUCCACACGGCACACCUGACCUUGCCUGAUGGCACACCAGAGCGCCGCGGCACAGCGGUUGGGAAACGCUGCUCUAUGGAGUCAUUUAGGGUCACGACCAUGGGUGGCUCACACAGUUUUAAAUGCGCUCUAUAAA